AUGGCGUGGUUGUGGGUGUCCUGUCUUCUGCUUGCUGCCCUUGUAGGGUCUGUGGCAGCCAACGGGGCCCCAACAUUCCUGCCCAACAUCACAUCAGUGACUCUGCCUGAGGACCUCCCACUGGGUGCCUUUGCCUUCAAGCUGGUAGCUGAGGACCCAGACCAGGACCCUUUGAGUUAUGGGAUUUCUGGUCCCAAUGCCUACUUCUUUGCGGUCAAUGAGAAUACUGGGGAUGUAACAGUGAAAAACCUGCUGGACUACGAGACAACAUCCUGGUUCCGAAUCACUAUCUCCGUGACCGACAAAAAAAACAGCCCAGUGUUGAAGGAACUACCGAUAAUUUUGGAGGACAGAAAUGACAACAAACCUAUUUUCCAGAACACCGACUUCUCUGUCAAAAUCAAUGAGACCUCAGGAAAUGGCUCCAUGGUGUUCACAGCGAAGGCUACAGAUGCAGACUCCGGUCCUGCAGGCACUGUGAAUUACAACAUAACGGAGGUCAUUCCUAACACCGAGGACAGCAGGAACCUCUUCAAGAUCCUGCCCAGUGGCACCAUCAUUCUUAAUGGUUGCCUGGACUACAACAACAAGAGCUCCUUCUAUCAGCUGAAACUGGUGGCCUGUGACUCAGGCGGUUGGUACAACAACACCAUGGUGACCCAGUGCUCUGCGCCUGUCUUCUUGUCCAUCUCUGUAGUCGACCAGCCAAACCGGAAACCCCAGUUUCUCAGGGAGUUUUACUCGGCUUCUGUGUCUGAGAAUGCAACUGUGGGAACCUCAGUGCUGACGGUGCAAGCCAUAGAUGGUGACAGAGGCAUCAAUGACAAAAUUACCUACAGCAUCUCCAGUUCCACAAAACCCUACGGGCACUGGUUUUGCAUCGGGCCAGAUAGUGGGGAGAUCAGGGUCAACAGUUCUCUAGACCGUGAGGAGUUGCUCGAUGAGGAUGAGGAGGUGCAGGUGGAGGUCACGGCCACUGAGGAAAACUUUGACAUCAAUGGGCAGAAGCCCAAUGUGAGCAUCUGGGUCACACUGAGGGUGACAGAUGUCAAUGACAACAACCCUCAGUUUUACAACUGCAGCCUCCCAGGCUGUAACUUUUCCUCUGAAAUGCCCUUAAACAACUUCACUGGCUGGGUAGAUGAGCAUGCCUCCAACCGUGUCGCCAUAGAGGGCCUCACCAUUGUGGCCUACGACCCAGACAAGGGCAACAACGGCACCUUCUGGCUGUCCCUGGAAGGCACUGAUGCAGAUGCCUUCAGCAUCUCUCCUGAGAAGGUAGUGGGCAUAGCAGAUGUGCAGCUGCUGGUGAAAACACCAUCUCUGGUGGACUAUGAGAAUAAGACGGAGAUGACAGUAAAGAUCACGGCUAGUAACUCAACCACACCGAACGACUCCAUUGCCUUGGUGACCAUCUGCUUGAGAGAUAUUAAUGACCACAGUCCCACAUUUCCCAAGGAACCGUACAAACUGAACGUCUCAGAGCACAGUCCAAAUGGCACUGUCAUCUCUAACAGCAUUCGAGCCACUGACCCAGACACGGGUCUGUGGGGCAACAUCACCUACAGUCUGCUUCCAGGCAGCGGGGAAAACAUCUUUGCAGUGGAUCAAUGGACAGGGGACUUGAUGGUAAUCAACAGCGAGCUGCUGGACCGGGAGAAGCAGCCGGUGUAUUUCCUCACUCUCCAGGCCAUGGAUGGCGGCAAUCUGUCGACAACCACCCUGCUGGAGAUUGUCCUGCUGGACAUUAAUGACCAAGACCCUGAGAUCAAAGGCUCCUACGACGUCUUUGUCCGGGAGAUGUUGGACAAUGUCUCCGUGACCAUCAUAGCUUCUGAUGGAGACCAACCAGAAACCAACAACAGCAAACUUCAAUUCACACUGUCUGAGAGCUUCAGCAAUUUUUCUGUGGACUCCAAUAAAGGGAUCCUCACAAAUGUGAGUCCCCUGGACCGAGAACACAUCGACCCCAGCCUCAAGGGCCGCUUCAUAGUGACUGUGAAUGUGAGUGAUUGUGGCGAGCCUCGGCGCAGCACUCUGGCCAAUGUCACCAUCAAUGUGGAGGACAUCAACGAUAAUCUCCCCAUCUUCAACCAGACCAACUACACCUUCUGGGUAAAUGAGACUAUCUCAGACGUGCUGGUGGGCGUGAUGUUGGCCUCGGACGCAGACCAGACAGAAGCCAACAACCGCAUCAGCUUCAGCCUGUCGGGGGCGGGCGCCAACAACUUCAUAAUUAAAGUCUCGGGGCCUCCUACUACAAAUUCUGGGCAGGCCAUGGGCAACCUCUGGCUACCUUCGGGUGUGAAGCUGGACUAUGAGACACAGGCUUCCUACAAUCUGACCGUGACUGCUGAGAACCCAGACCCUGGAGUGGGGAGCACCUCAGUAAACGUCACGGUGAAGGUGAAGGAUGUGAAUGAUGAGCCGCCCACUCUGAAUUUAGCCUCGCUUCAGGGUGUCUCUGUGGCUGAGAACGGCCUGCAGCACGGCCUGGUGACAAAUGUGACUGCCCAGGAUGUAGAUACCACAGCUCAACUGGAGAUACAGCUUGUGAACGUGAUCUGUACCAAUGCCAGUAGUGACAUGGGCAGUGUGUGCCACGACUGGUUCUCUGUGCUGGACAAUGGCUCCGUGUUCAUCAAUCAGAGCAGUGCCAUCGAUUAUGAGACCUGUGACCUGGUCACACUGAUUGUGCGGGCCCAUGACCUCAGAACAGAAAAUAAUUUCCAGGCUUACAGUGACAAUGGAAGCCUCCCCAUCACCAUCAAAGAUGUGAAUGACAACGCACCCUACUUUCUGCCUGAGGAAAAGACUUUUGUGAUCAUCCCAGAGCUCGUGCUCCCCAACCAGGAGGUGGCUACCGUGAGAGCCAAAGACAAUGACACAGGGGACAACGGAAACAUCGAGUUCUCCAUUCACCAAAUGGUUUUCAUCUCUAAGGAAGGCACCAUAAUUCCUUCCCCAGGCUUCUGGAUCUCUACCUCUGUAGACUCCAGUGUGUUUGUCGGCAGCAUCAAGCUGGUGACCAACCUUAAUGCCACUCGCCAAGGCACUUAUCAAGUGACGGUCCGGGCCCAGGACAAACCUUCUCAAUAUGAACCCCUGGAAGCCAAAAUCACCUUGAAUCUCUUCACUGUGGAUGAGAGUUAUCGUCUGAGGCUACAGUUCUCCAUGAACAAGGAGGACGUGGGCCUCAAGUCGGAAGACAUUAAGACGGCUCUUACCCAGGUGACCAAGGCUACAGUCUACAUCGUGAACAUUCAGAACAUAGACACCACCGCCCGGGCCAGAGGCCGUUCCUACAUGGAUGCCUACUUCGUUUUCCCCAACGGGACAGCCUUGACGCUUGACGAGCUGAUUGUGGUGAUCCGGAGCGACCAGGACUCACUGACACAGCUAUUGCAACUGGGGCUGGUGGUGGUGGGUUCCGAGGAGAGGCAGGAGUCGAGUCUGCCGAAGGUGCUCAGUAGUGUCAUCAUUGGCCUGGGAGUGGCGCUGGUGCUGGUCAUCGUGAUCAUGGCUGUGUCCCUCAUAUGUGUCCGGAGGAGCUACGAGAGGAAGCUUCGGGCUACAAAGGCUGCCAAGGAAGCCCGGAAGACAGUGACAGGUGUAAUUCCCUCAGUCUCUGCCAUCCCCGGGACUAACAUGUUCAACACUGAGAAGGCCAAUCCCAUGCUGAACCUCACCACCAACGACCUGGGCUUUGAGUCCCAAUCUUCCUCCAGUGACUUGGAUAAUGUCAGCAUCAACUCCCUGGAUGAGAAUUCUGUGGACCUGGAUAAGGACAAACAGGAAGCCAAGGCAAGAUGGGGCUGGUACCUGGGGUUUUUGAAGGGACCUACUACUGAGAUGGGCAUAUCUCUGCACCAGCUCUGGGAAGCCCCUUGA